UCCCACAGCUGUGCCAUAGUCAGUGCACUUGGAUGACUCCAGACAAGCUCCAGGUGGAUUGUAGCGCUGGCCCUAACCCUCCGAGUAGCGCACGGAGGCCGUGUCGCUAGUAGCAGAGGGAGCUAUCUCUGCAACUGACCUGAAGAUUUUGAGUUGUCAAAGGUGAGCAAAGAGAUAGAAGAAGAAAUAGCACACAAAUCAGACAUGCAAACUCAGGAGCUUAAACUCGGCCAGUCUAGCAAUCUAGAAGACCAAAUUACUGCCAAUGCGGUUCAUCUUAACUCGACAGAGCGCCAAAAGCUUGAAGAGGCCCUUGAAGCAACAGACGAAAAGCUUCAAAGCUUCAAAAAGAAAAUAGAAGACAGAAACUGCUACAUCAAGUCUUUUGGUUUAUUGACAAAAUACUGCGCUCAUCUGGAAAAAAGAAGGUUGAAAAUGGAAAUGGCGAUUAGAGUGUUCACCGGUGCGAAACUCGUCAAUGAAGAAGUCAGUAAAGAGCUGUGGUCAUCUGAAGAGACCAUAGAGAUGGGAUCUUUCGAACGUCGAAAUUUACUGGCGACUCUCGCCACGGAACUAGAAGAAGAAGUCAGGCUGCUAGGAAAAGACACGAAGCAAGCAGUACAAACUCGCAGCAAACGAGGACAAUUUGCUUCUCACUUAUGCUCAUUCGUCAAGAAUUUCUCCAGUAAAGUCUCCCAUGUUGCUAGAUUGCUCGGAAAAACGGUUCAGGUGUCAGUAGGAGGUUCUAUUGGUAUCAUCGUUUCGCUAUCUGGUGAAUUCGGUUUUGCGUACGGACCAAAUGGAGAGUUUGGUUGUACCUGGACAAAAUGCGUGGGUUUGGGGAAUAUAAAAGGAAUUUCAGCAUCCGUAAUGUUUGGCUUUUAUAACAACUUUGACGACAUCGAAGGAGAAUCAGUAAUCAAACUCUAUCAAGUCUCGGGCCGUUUGUUUGGUGGAAUGUUUGGCACAAUCAAAAAGAGUGGAAAGUUAAUUGGGUACAUAGGAGGCGCCGGUGGCUCAAUCAGUCUUUCGAAACUUCUCCGCUUGAUCCGGAUCACCGUCACAGUAUCGAUUUGUACCACUGACAUGACUCUACCGGACGACUCUAGGGACGAGUCUGGGACAACUCUAAAGACGACUCUAGGCACGACAUGGAAGACUCCAAGGAUGACUCCAAGGACAAAUGCAAGGACGACACCAAGGACGACUCCAAAGACGACUCUAAAGACUACUCUGAACACAAAUAAGGACGACUCUAAGGACAACUCUGAGGACGACUCUAAAGACGAGUUUGGGACAACUCUAGGGACUACUCUGAUGACGACUCUGAAGGCAAGUGAGGACGACCCUAAGGACAACUCUGAAGACGGCUCGGAGACGACGUGGGUUCUACCUAAACUACGCUACUCGGGGACGACGUCCGUUCCACCUAGACUACGCGACUCGGAGACGACGUCCGUUCCACCUAGACUACGCGACUCUGGGGCGACGUCGGUUCCACCUAAACUACGCUACUCGGGGACGACGUCCGUUCCACCUAGACUACGCGACUCUGGGGCGACGUCGGUUCCACCUAAACUACGCUACUCGGGGACGACGUCCGUUCCACCUAGACUACGCGACUCUGGGGCGACGUCGGUUCCACCUAAACUACGCGACUCGGGGACGACGUCCGUUCCACCUAGACUACGCGACUCUGGGGCGACGUCGGUUCCACCUAAACUACGCUACUCGGGGACGACGUCCGUUCCACCUAGACUACGCGACUCUGGGGCGACGUCGGUUCCACCUAAACUACGCGACUCGGGAAAGACUUGGGUUCUUCCUAUACCACGACCGAGCAAAGAAAAGACUGCGUUUCCUAGACAUAAUAAUGCAUGUUGAUGCGGUUAGCUAGUAAGAUGGCUUUGGCAAUUGCCUACUGCAACAGUGAGUCUAUAGAGUCUAAUAAAUGUAAAAUGAAAUGGUAAACGUUGU